AUGGACACCAUCGCCGCACAGCUGCAGAACCAAGACUCCAACGACAUCUUUUCUCUCACUGACCAGAUCCUCUCUGACCGCCUCGAGUUUAUAGAAGAGAUUGGCUUUGGAAACUGGGGCAGCGUCUGGCUAUGCAAGCCCAAGCCAACCAUGACCAAAGACGGCGUCCUGCGCCCCAUCGGUUCCAAACUCGCCGUCAAGCUCGUCCACAGAUCAAAGACAGCAACAACAGCAGCCCGCGUGCGCUCUCUGUGGAACGAAAUGAAGAUUGUUCGAACCUUCAAAUCUGACCCGCACCCGUCUAUCAUCCCCUUCCACUCAUUCAUCAUAACGCCCUCCUACGCCCUCAUCACAAUGACGUACCUCCCCACUCUCGUCCCCGUCGAAGUCGACGAGCCCAAAGCCCGCGAAUGGUUCCGCUACCUCCUCUCCGGCGUCGAGUUCCUCCACAAGCGCGGCGUCGUGCACAAUGAUAUCAAACCUGCGAAUAUCCUACUAUCACACAAGAACGUACCUGUCCUCGUCGACUUUGGCUUUGCCGAAAAGUACGAUAUGGACUCGGACACCGCGUUCCACAGUAACCUUUCCUACGGCACACCAGAGUACCUCUCCCCAGAGCGCGCGCGUGGUUUACCACACGACACGCGCAAAUCGGACGUCUGGUCCCUCGGCAUCACAUUCUUCGAGAUCCUCGUAGGACGCACACCGUUCGAGUACUCGGACGGCGAGCAGUUUAGUUCGAGCGAGGAUCUGGAGAAGUAUUGGGCGCGGACGCUACGAGGCAAGUGGGUCGGCACAUGGGACUUUUCGAAAGGCAUGGAACGCCUUUUGCAGCGCAUGAUUGCGCCGAACGCGGAUUUGCGGUGUACGGCGACGCAGGCGGCUAAAGACGCUUAUUGGCUUCCGCCCACCUCUACUUCUACUUCUGCUUCACGUAGGGACGCUGGUGGUGCGAAUGUUGCGCAUAAGCGCGCGUCAAGUUAUACAUCGUCGGUGGUAUUCGAGAAAGACAUGGAGAAAUUGCUCAAUAUGACACCUUCAUCAUCAUCGUCCUCCUCGGCGGCUGCAACGUGGCGUGGCGGGAAGGAGAACGCGCGUGUGCCGCCUGGGCUCGGGCUUACGAGUCCGCAUUCCAAAUCAAAGGUCGAUGUUUUCAGAGAUGAGCAGGAUACGUCGAUGUCGAUGUCGCUUUCGUCGGCGACGAAGAGGACGCUUGCAAAGUCAAAGUCGCAGCCUCGUGUGGCUGUCGCUGUUGCGUCCAAGAUCGUCCAGCCGAGGAAACGCGCGGGUGCACCGCCCAUGAUGGACUUGUCGCCUAUCAAAGCCUCGCCGAACAAUUCGCCGCACCAUAAUGUCAACGCUAAUCCUAGUCCGGCGACGACGGCGAAGGAGAAUAUUCUCUCGUUUAACAGGCUAGCAGCUACUGUAUCUCUCAACUCUGAAAAGAAGAAGGCCCAGCAGCAGCAGCAAAGACCGCGUACUGCCGAACCGGGCUUCAAUAGCCAUAGCCAUCAUAAUCAUAAUCAUGGCAAUGAGAAGGAGAACGACGCGGGUAAUAUCAGCAUCUCCAACACCAACACAAACGCAAACGCAAACGGGAGCAAAUUGCCGCGGAGAGCAUUCGGUGCGCGGGACGUCAACGUGCCUAAUGCUGUUGGAACGCCAACGGGCGCAAGAGCUGGUUCUGUGCUUUCUAAAAAGCCAUCUGGAAAUACGUACGGGCUGAAAGCUGUCAAAGUCCUCGGCGAGUCGACAGCCAGCGCGAAUGUGAGUGUGAGCCUUGACGGCGGCGAACGCAAGCUCGCAAAAGAAAAAGAAAAUGGGAAAGGGAAAGAAUCGACGAGCGUGCGCGAUCGUAUGCGCGAGUGGGAAAGAGAGAGGGAGAGGUUGAGGGAGAUGGAGAGGUUGGAGGAGAUUGAGAGGGAGAGGGAUGAGAUUUAUAGGAGGGAGAGGGAGGAUAGGCGACGGAGGGAAGCUGAGAGGGAGAGGGAGGGCAGAGAGGAGCAGGAGGAGGAGGAGAGGAGGAGGGAGAGCUUGGAGAGGGAGAGGAGGAAUGCGUCGCUUAGGCAGAUCAAGAUUCCUUUGGCGGGUGCGGGUACUGGUACUAAGAGUUCCGAUUGGGAUAAAGAGAAUCCCGGCACUGGCGCGGGCGCUAAUUAUGCUUAUACGGGCUCGUCCGCGUCGUCGCCUAUGCUUCCGAUGUUCAAGCCUACAUCGCCUUUGAGCAACGCGAUCCUCAAUAUCGGGAGGAAUAGCAGUCAAACGUCGUUUGCCCGUGUUGGGAAGGAGUCGAAGCAGAACAUCUUCAAGCAUAGCAUCAAAGCAUCUAUAGAUAAAACGGUGCAGUUCUAUAAAUCGUCGACGCUGGGCCAGGCUGCUGCUGCUGCUACUUCUGGAAGGUCCACUCCGGCGCGCGGGUUCUCGUUUGACGUAACUAGGCCCAGUAAUAGUGAGGUUAAAGUGUCGACGAAGGAGGGUAAAGAAGUGGCAAAUGCGACUGCGAAUGCGAAUGCUUGGGAGGAUGAGUUGGUGGAUGAGAUUAACUCGCCACUGCCGUCGCCGCUGCCUGUCAUCAAGAAUGCUGCUGAGAGCGAGCAGAUCGCUGCUGACUCGAGGAUGGACAGGAUGACCAUCUGGAUGCGCAACGUCGAGAAGGUAGUUGAAGACGCGAAACAGAAUUUCGCUGCGUCGUCGUCGCCCAAGGAUACACCUCUACCUGCCCUGCCUCUUCCUCUCUCCCGAGGCCCAUCUCAGAACAGGACGUCGCGCCUGCCGCGCCGCGUCCUAGCCGCCAGCCAAAUUUUCCAAGCGGACGAGAAUGGCAAUAUCUCGCCGAUGGUGGAUCAGAGCAUGGUGUCCACUUCCAACUCUGUGUUCUUCCGAUCCUCUGGCGACGCGUCGAAAGCGAGCAUUGGACGAGCGCCGACGCCCAGCUCCGCGCCACCGCAGCAGCAGCCUACUACACCUGCGAAACGGACCUCGCCGCUUCCGGAUGAAGGCUCGAGUAGGUUUGUUAUACCGGAGAUUCAUACGCCUUCGAGGCAGAGACGCGCGACUGUGUCGACGCGCUCGCCGGAGCCUAAGCGCGCUGCUAGCCCUGUGGCGGAUGAUGCUGAGGGCGUGUCGCCUUCGAAGAGGAAGGAAAAGUCAAAGUCGCAUGGGAAUUUGCUGCAGAGGCAUAUCGUGGCGCCGAUCGCACUGCUUGAGGCAGAGCUUGAAAAAGUUCCUCCUCCCGAGCCUACUCCUCGCCUUUCGGAGGUGCUGGAUAGGAGCUUGUUCAUCAGUCCUAUGGUGAGGUCGCAGGACGACCUGCUGGAUAGGACGCUGGAGAAGCACAAUGAUGUGUCGCUGGACGAUCUGCAUGCGUCGCCGUGCCACGUCGAGCCGUACCCGCAGCGCGCGCGCAACAGCCACGACGUGUCGAUCCCGGACACACCCAGCCGGCACCGCAUCGAGGGUGUAUACGACCGCUUCCUCAUGGCUACCUCCGGCGUCAAGCGUCUUGGGAAGGGGUACCAGUCGGAUAACGUGGGUCCGGUAGGGAACAGCGGUCAUUCUGGCACGGGUCUAGGGCCACAGCAUAACCAGCAGCAGCAGAGCAAAGGGCGCUCGUUUUACUCGACGAGGAGGCCGAUGCCUGCGCCGGUGUCGAGCGAGGAUUCGCAGCGCCGCGCGGCGUCUGUGGAUGAGUUGGGGUUGUUUGGCCCGAUGGAUCCAGUCAGUGGCCCGGUGUCGGCGAAUUGUGCGAAGGAGCAGUCGACGGGUGCGACGUCGACGCUGAUGCGUAAAGCGAUGAAGCUUAUCGCGCCUAAGGCUAAUGCCUCUAAACGGUUGUCGCGAGUCGUGGGCUGA